GCGGCGUGGGCGAGCAGCGCGGCCGGAACACCUUUGUUUACAUCGAGGUUUUUCGCGAUUUUGAGGCUUUUGCGAAUCCUCUGGCGGUGCCUUUGGGAGUCCUGCCGCUAGUUUGGACCUUUGUGAUAUAUGUAGUGCCAGUGGCCGACCGCUGCGGGGCGCCAGAAGGGGGAAAUAAGGGCGAAAUCAACAAGUCUUCCCCGGGUGAGAGGGAGAGGAGGCCGCCAUCUGGGAGAUCCCGUAAUACACACAAAAAAAGGUCGGAAAAUAGCGAGAAAUCUCAGAAAUCUCCUUAAAAAGUGCAUCAGAUAAUUCAUGCGAAGGAAAGAGGGAAAUAAGGCCCCGCAGAAGCCCAAAGAGGGUGGAAAUCGCCUCCAAAUAAGCCAUUUAAAGAGACGCCGAUUUAAAGGUCCAGCAACAACACUUAAAAAAAAAAAAAAAAUCCUUCUAUCCUUUGCAUCCUUCUUCCUUCCUUCCUUCCUUCCUAGGAUACCAAAACAAACCUCCAUAACAUACCAGAUUUCACGAAAAAAAAACUAGAAUACCCUAAAAUACUCUAGAAUACUCUAGAAUCCUCUCUUGGGACUCCCUCAUAGGAUCCCUGGGAGUAGGCCUACAUAGGACACCUUCGUAGGAUUCCUUCGAGGAUUGUGCGGCAGGAGCCCUUGAGGAUGGCCGAGGGCGUUGUGCUGCUGGGGCCGAGCGGGGGGGAGCCCGUGGCACACAGGACGAGGGGGGCGCUCGAGGAGAUCCCCAGGCCGGCCACCGUCACCCUGAGGCAGACAGGAAACCCAGCAAAUGGCCUCACCUGGUCGGCAACGGUCAACCUCCCCUCCUCGUACCUCUCCCCAACACCUUCACCCGAUGAGCUCGUGAUUCGUGGUAGGGGCCGGAGAUCCCUCCCGCUAGAGUGGUCUCCAAUCCCCAUAGAAAGCCCCGUGAAGCGCAUGGAGAAAACCCCCCUCAAGCGGUCUCCAGGCAAAGGCAUGAUUGUCCUCCGAUCUUCUCCGAGAAAGAGGCUGCAGCUCAGCGACACCCCGCCCAAGGAACUCCUUGAGAGUAGACGGAUGAUGAUGCAGAUGUCACCCAUUGUGAAGAAAUGCCGCAGUUUGACAGUCUCACCUGUUCAGUCUCCACCAGAGGUUGCUAUAAAGGGACUGACACAACACCAGCUGGUGGAUGUUCUCAACAGUGUCUUGGAAAGGCAUCCAGAGCUAAAAGAUGAGAUCUCCGACAUCCUGCCCCAGCCAGACUUGAAGCAAAUGGAAGAGAAGCUGAACCAGCAGAAGAAGUGCAUCUUCAAGGCACUGCCAGUAUCCCGAUUAGCCUCCAAGACUGACUCUCCUGCAUACAACAAGGCAUCUCCGCAUUUGUCAAAUUUCAAGAAAACAGUACUGGAGCAGUGCACCCAGCUGGCUGAGGCUGAGCAGUGGGCAAGCCUCAUCGACUACUCUCUCAUCGCAUGGUCAUACGUCCGUGCGACACCCCAGUGGGAUGCGUCUCAUCACAACAACACCCGGCGCUUCUGCUUCAAAACCCUCGCACAGCAUUGCCUCCAGGGCCUUAAGGAGGUCAAGUGGAACCGGGAUCAACUGGAGAACUUGUUGAAAAAGCUUGAGCAGUGUCGCUCAGACCACGAUGAGGUGGAGCACUGCAUUGAGCAUGUACAGACAGUUCUGAGCAAUAUGCAGUGACAUGUUAUGGAGAUUCACUGCAGGGGGAUACAAGAUGGUAGUUUUGUAGGUUGUAUCUGGCCAGCUGUCUCUGGUGAAAGAUGCUAGAUGGUCACAGCAAAGGGAGAGAAUUCUCUUGUAUAUAUUUUUUUCUGGAAGACCAUCAUUUGAUUGUAUACAGAAAUGAAGAGAGUAAGUACUGCCUGUAUUUGCCCAUGUAUACAGAGUCGCUAAACUAUGACGCUGAUUUGACUUUUUAUGCAGAGUACAGAGAUGCUAGCGUGCCACUACAAAGGUUCCUUAACAUACGCUUCAAAACUUAUUUCAAAGGAGUGCUCGUCACAGUGCACUAACUCGCUAUAAGGUUACGAAGGGGAUGUCUGUGUUAAAUAAAGGCCAGCAUUGAUCUACUGUACUUCACAGAAUCCCCUAUAGGUACACUUUCCAUGUUUUUUUUUUUUUUUUUUUUUUUUUAUGGUUCAAAUUCCUGCAAAGGUACUUUUGAAGUCAGUGAGGUGAUUUUGUAAUGAUUUAUACAGUAACCUUUGUGGAGAACAUUCUAUUAUAGUAUGUAAAUUGGAAAGGUACUUAAUAGAUAAGAAUGAUGAAUAAGUAAUACAAUGUUAUGAAUUACUGUAUUGUUAUUGAAUCUAACAAUAAGCUGAAGUAUUUGAAGGUUUCUUCUCAAAAAACAAAUGGGCAGUUUCCUUUAAAUUUUAGCUAUUUUUAAGUCAUUUAUAUGUAAGUUAUUUUUGUAAGUGUCAAAGAUUUAAGAAGAGAAAGGUUAAACAUUCAUAUUUAGAUAGUUUGUAGAAUUACUUUGCCUCUCACCGUUAUUUUUAUAACUUUUCAUACACUUUUUUUUAGUCUUCAGAAAUCCUUUGACAAAGUCAUUAUUGAAUACUGUUUAACAAACUGGCAUAAAACCCGUCAUUCUGUAGUUGCUGUUAAGUAGAGCUCUAUACCUUCAAUGUACAAAUUUAUUUAUAUGUAUAUGGAGUGCACAUUUACACCAGAGAGAACUGGUGAUCUUGAAGAUGAAACAAGGUGCUUCUUGUUAUGUGGCUACUGUAAUUACAAGUUAAAAGAGUGUAAAAAGAAAAAAAAAAAGAAAAAAAAAAUUCAAUGGACUCUCUGCCGAGACAAGACCAGAAGGUGCAUUCCAAGGAGGAGAAAAACAGGGAAAUUAUAUACAAAUGAAUACAUUGAAUUAUAAUUUUGGAGGGCAGGUUUAUGCAGCUGUGUUAAGGAGUUGUUUUUUUAGAAUGAAAAGUUUAUGAUAUAAAAAAAAAAGGUUAUUUUGCUGCUGCAGUAAUAUACCUUAUUUAUUUAUAUAUGCUGUCAUGAACAACUGUUUUAAUUUGAUCAGACAUGGGGGGGGGGGGGGGAAUAGUAGGUUUAAAAGAAGGUAAAAAGAAUAUAGGCUGCCAUUUCCUGAUGUUUUCCAAGAUAUCUUGUAAGAGUGCCUUGUUCUAAAUUGUGAUAAUGAUAACUGUGUGCUCAACAUUUUAAUGUGUAGGGUAGAGUUAUUACGUAAUGAUUGUAUAAUGGAGACUUGAUUUUAUUUUUGAGGAAGUUUGUUCAGCAUUAUUGCUUGUUUGGUUUAUUGUUACCUUUCUUAAGUUUAAAGUUAGAUUGCAAAAAAGUAUCAUUUUUAUAGAUGAAUUGUAAGGAGCAGACUUGUUCUCUGAGAAGGAAAUUACAAUUUUGAAAUAUACUUUUUUUUUUUUUUACCUCGUGAUACUUUUACCCUGUAAUGUAUUUCAGAAAAUGCUGUUGUACGUUAUUAUAAAUGAUCUGUAAAACAA